AUGUAUGAAGUUUUAGAGCCAUUGCACGCUAUGAUGGAAAAAGGGCCUCAGACUUUAAAAGAAACUUCAUUUAAUCAAGUAUGACUAACAGAAUUUAUAAAUAAAAAAAAAAAUGUUUUAUGAAUAUUAUUAACUUUGAAUAAUUGAUUCUUUUGUUCUAUUUAGACUUAUGGCCGAGAUUUAGUUGAGGCUUUAGAAUGUUGUAACCGUUAUCUUGUUUCUGAGAAUAUCCGUGACUUGAAUAAAGCGUGGGAUUUAUAUUAUCAAGUUUUUCGUCGGAUAUCUAGACAAUUACCUCAACUCACAACGCUAGAACUUCAAUAUGUCAGUCCAAAAUUACAACAGAGCCGUAAUAUGGAACUCGCAGUUCCAGGUUCCUAUAUCCCUGGCCAACCUGUUGUUAAAAUUGCGUACAUUCAAAGUUCUUUACAAGUAAUCACAUCUAAGCAACGUCCCCGCAAGUUGUGCAUCAAAGGUAGUGAUGGAAACGAUUAUAUGUUCCUGUUAAAAGGCCAUGAAGAUCUCCGACAAGACGAACGAGUUAUGCAACUUUUUGGCCUGGUCAAUACACUCUUAUUAAACGAUCCUGACACGUUUAGAAGAAAUUUAACUAUUCAGGUACUUGUUUAUACUUUUAUAAUGCAGGUCUAUGUUAACAUAUUUGAAUAUUAAUUGAUGAAUUUUGUUUCUAUUGUUUGUAGCGCUAUGCCGUUAUACCUUUAUCGACAAAUUCGGGUCUUAUCGGUUGGGUACCUCAUUGUGACACAUUGCAUACACUUAUUCGUGAUUACAGAGAUAAGAAAAAAAUUUUGUUAAACAUAGAACAUAGAAUCAUGUUGAGGGUAUAAAACAGUCACAUAUUUCACUAUUAAAAUCUAUUUCAUAAUUAUACUGUAUUUAUCUUAUGAAUAUAUUUAUUCUUCUUUAAUUUAGAUGUCACCGGACUAUGAUCAUUUAUUAAUUUGGCAAAAGGUCGAAGUAUUUGAACAUGCCUUGGCCAAUACCCAAGGCGAUGAUCUAGCUAGGUUGUUGUGGCUAAAGUCUCCAUCAUCUGAAGUUUGGUUUGAUCGUAGAACUAAUUACACAAGAUCCUUAGCUGUGAUGUCCAUGGUGGGUUAUAUACUCGGUUUAGGAGACAGGUAAAGAUUUAGUUAUAUUAAUUACUUAUAUAAUGUUUAAAAAAUUAAGAACUAGUCUUUAGUUGUACAAAUUUAAUAAAAUGUUUUUUAUAAUGAAAGGCACCCUUCGAAUUUAAUGUUGGAUCGUUUAAGUGGAAAAAUAUUACAUAUUGAUUUUGGUGAUUGUUUUGAAGUUGCAAUGACACGUGAAAAGUUUCCAGAAAAAAUUCCCUUCAGACUCACUAGAAUGUUAACAAACGCUAUGGAGGUGAGUUAUUUUUUUGAAAGCCGUUUUGAAAAAUAUAUUUAUCAUAUUUUAUAGGUCACUGGUAUUGAGGGAACUUACCGCAGUACCUGUGUGAGCGUCAUGACCGUGCUUCGUAAUAAUAAGGAUAGUUUGAUGGCAGUUCUAGAAGCAUUUGUCUAUGAUCCUUUGCUAAAUUGGCGUUUAAUGGAAACCGGUGUUGGCUCUAGAAAAACGGCUGCCAUUAUUGCUGGUCCUACAGUAAUUGAGAACCCAAUAAGUGUGACCUUUGCUGUGACUACAGCUUCGGAUGAAACGAGUUUAGCUACUAGUUUUGCCACUUCUCUGAGUAAAAAUGCUGCACCUAUAAACAUUACUCUAGGAGAUGAUCCCAGUGAGUUAUUUUAAAAAUAAAGCUUUUGGAAACAUUAUUUAACUGAUGUCUUUUAAUUUAAGAUGAGAGUGAGCCGACUGAAGCAUUGAACAAAAAAGCUCUAGCGAUAAUCACUAGAGUACGUGAAAAAUUGACUGGUAGAGAUUUCAUACAUGAACCAGAAUUGGACGUCCACAAACAAGUGCAUUUACUCAUUCUACAGGCCACUGCCAAUGAAAAUCUUUGUCAAUGUUAUAUUGGAUGGUAUGUACAAAUUACAAAAUUUCAUUUAAAUAUAUUUCAGUAGGCUAUUUUUUCUUUGGUGACCAAAUGGAAAAUUUUGUUUAAAAAAGUUCAAAUAUAAUACUUUUAUAUUGUCCUUAAUUUGUCUUAUAUUAAUUUUUUUAAUGUACAGAAAAACCUAAAUGGGUCAAUUUUAAAUAACAAUAUGCCUGAUUGAUUUAUGAUAUUUUAUGGACUCCGAAAUAUUUAAUAUAUUAUAUAACAUUUAAAACUGUUAUUCUUUAAGUUCCAAACAUUCAGGUUUCUUAUUUUCAAUAUAAAAUAAGUAUAACAAUUUAUUUAUGGGUACUUGUUUUAUCCAUUACUUAAUAUUCAUGUAUAUAUUUUAUUAUACAUUUAAAAACUAUACUAUUUAUGGGUUAAUGAUAAAUCAAAAUAAUUAGAAUACUAAAUAAUUAAUUGAUUUAUUUUAAUUGUUUAAUUAUAUUUUAAAUAAUAAUACCUAUUUUUUUGUAUCUAUUUUUGCGUUUUAUUAUAAAUAUAAAACUAUUAUUUUUCUGUUUCUGAAAUUGCCCUAACAUUUUAUAAUUUAAUAAAAAAUAUGUUUUAUUAUUUCUUUCAGGUGUCCAUUCUGGUAA